CGCCCACGGUAGGAGGUCACAUGACAGAAACCUGACAAUCCGAGCUGCUGCGCGCUCCCGUGGCGCUCCGGGAAGUGUGGUGUAGUGUGUGUGGUUGUUGUGCUCCUCGUUACACUGUCAGGGCGGGAUGAGGAUGAUGGACGGAUCCCGGGGAUGGAUAUGGACGGCCGUUCUGCUCCUGGCUGCUCUCAGCAUGUGCUUGGCGGCUGACACCCCCGAUGGCUCAGUACCGCCUACCUUGUCUGCAAAAAAUUCAAGUGCAUCUGACCCUGUUGUUUUACCGAACACAACCCAGGCUGCAACUACAACGAAAGCAAGCGCCGUUACGAAUGCCACAACAGCUGCUGUGCCAAAAACCUCUCCUUCCAGCACGCCUGCAAAGCCCUCAACUGCUGCUCCUCCUCCGCCAACGUCACCCACCACAAAAGGUCCACCCCCACCAACACCAAGUACCGCCACUUCUACGACUGUGACUAGUAAAGGAACGCUGAAACCCACAGCAACAUCUCCAACCCAAGGAUCUUCCACCACCGUCAGCCCUGUGACCAGUACUAUAUCCUCAGGAACACAGAAGAUAUCAGGAUUUGACUUGGGUAGUUUUAUUGGUGGUAUUGUGUUGACGCUGAGCAUCCUGGCAAUAGCGUACUUUGGGUGCCGUUUUUAUAACUCCAGGAGGGGAGUCCGCUACCGCACAAUCGAUGAGCACGAAGCGAUCAUCUAACUUGGCGGGCGGAGCGCUGUGCAAUAAUCUUUCUAUGGAAUCUGCUUGCUUCUUUGGAAAGUGAUGUUAUGCAAACAUAAGCUUGAAAAGAAUUGGAUCGGAUGUUUUUUUUAUUAUUAUUGUACAGCAGCAUAAUACAGAGGAGUUCUUGUUUUUCUCAAGAUCUUUUUGCAAAUCAUACAUUUUUCUUUUUUCUAAAGCUGUUCUGUAGAACAGCAAAUAUUCCACCUCCUUCCUCCUAUUCUCCACAGAACCAGGGAAUAAGAAGAUUAUUGUACUCGUUGUUCUUCCUGGAACAUUGGAACACCAGCUGAAUCUAGUUCUCUUAAAACCAGCAAAUGAUCUGAUUGGACUGAACCACUAAAUAAGGCUGGAAACAUUUGUAAGUCGUGAAGGUCAAGUAACUGUAAUUGGCUAUAGUAAAACUGCAAGUCCCACCAUACUUGGUCUCUCUGGGCAUGCUGGGAUUGGAGGUUCAUCACCGCUAGGUAGAGUUCUCAAGGAUGGGCAGUAGGAGAAGAAGGGAGAAUCUGCAGAAGUGCCCAGGCCUUUGCCCAUGAUACUGUAAUAGGUCUAACCUGCUGAAUGUGGCUUGAUGCACCUGAUCCAUGGUCAUAGACAAUUGGGUCAUCUGGCUUUCCUUAAAGUGUUUGCCGCCAACCAUUCUUUUGGUUUUAGAGUCAUUCAUAUCGCAGUUGGGUUUGAUGGAUGUUGUGACAAAGAUGUGUGCCUUGUUUAUUCUGCAUAAAGUUAUAACCUAGCUGAUAUUUAUUGCACAGGUAGGGUAUCCGAAGCUUCUCUUUGGUUUUCCAAAUAUAGGUUUUAUUUUGGUAAAUGUAUGAAGAAGACGUAUCGGAAUACUACUAUCCCCAGCCUGACCUUGGUCUUUAGGCGUUGUCCUGCCCACCUACUGUGAUGAGUUGGUUGUUGGAGAGCCUUCAGCCUUAUGACCAGAGCCUGAGGGACAUUCAGUCUGCCUACUGACUCGAGAGCGAGCAGAGCAACUCCAUGACCUCUAAGCUGACCACAUAAGAAUACGCCAGCACAGCUUCAGAAAUCAUUUCUGGGGAAGAAUUCAUAUACCAGGAAGGCCAUUGGAAAUCUUUCUGGUCAUACGUUAGAUAGGGCAUGCACCUUAUGUUGUGGUUCUGCACUACAGCUCCAUAAUGGAGAGUAUUCUUAAAAUGGCUCAGGACAAAUGCGUCUCCUCAAAUGCUACUUAUCUUGCUGGCUGUCAGUACUUACCUAGAACAAGUAUAGAUUUAAAGGCGAACUCCACCAUUUAGACCUUAUUACAAAAAUAGCAUAGUUAAAAACUAUGUCCUUCCGUUUUGUCCUUCCGUGGGUUCUCUUCUCACAGUUGGUGCCAGCCCCUCUAAGAGCAUGUGUCAUUCCAUGGAACAAUCACAAUAGCGAAAUUAGGGGGAACACACCACAUGGAUCUACCACCUCUGCUGGUAAGCUAAAUUGUAGUCUACGAGUAAGCCCAGUCAGGGUGAACCAUGUCAGAGGCAUGGCCAAGAUGCAGGGACUGUAACUGAAGCCUCUGUUACCAGCGCAAGUGGUCUGCACCCCCAAAUUUUACUGUUGUGGACCAUGUUAUACCCAUUCCUUGGAUGUAAGUGGACACCACUACCCUCCCCCUUCUCUAGGAACAUUGGGGGGGGGGGGUGGAGUUCCUCUCCCCAGCAGCAGAUGUCACUUUUUUAAAUUUUGCACGGUUUUGUGCGUGGCGCCACUCUCACAGGCUCGUACACACGAUCAGUUUUCCUGACGGGAAAACUGUGAGGAGAGCUUUUGGCCGGGAAUCCCGGCCAUGAGUAUGCUUCUCGCAGUGUUUCCGACGGGAAAACUGCCAAAAAAAUGCCAGUUCUCUUUCUUUUCCCACCGGGAAAUCCGGCAGAUUUUUGUCUGGUGUUUUUUGGCAGUUUUCCUAUGGGAAAAAUUGUGAUGGAGCAUACACAUCACCGCGAUUUACGGCCAAAGCUCCAUUGCAGUUUUCCUGUCGGGAAAACCAGCCGUGUGUAGGGGAAAGACUGAACCGAGCAGGAUGUCUGACAGGAACUUUUCCUGUUGGAAAUCCCAUACGUGUGUACGAGGCAUCACAGCCACGUGAUUCAUUCACAGAGGUAUGUAAAUGAAUGAACUCCAAGUCCCCUCUGCCACUGCGAUGCUCAGUGGAACACAAGUGCAGUGAUUUCCGCAUUCAAAUUCCUUUUGACACUUCCUCCAACUCCGUAACUGAAAGUCAGUACAAGGAGUUAGAAGAAGUCUGCAGGAGGCUCUGCUUUGCAUUUGUGAUCUACUGCUGGUUCAUUUGCAGAAAAAUAAUAAAUGCCCCCC